AGACCAGCCGCCGCGCCGGCGCCUCGCCCGCCGGGUCAGCGGGGCCAGGCCUCGCCGCCGGCCCCGCUCCCAGGGUGCACCGCGGCGAGCGCUCGGGUGGGACCGUGUGAGAUGCGCGGGGCGGGCGGCGCCCACUGACCUCCGUCGGCGGCCCGGCCGGGGCAGCGCCCGAGCCCAGCCAGCCCCGCCCGCCCCGCCCGCCGUGCCCCGCCCAUGGGCAGCCAGCUCCCGCCGCCGCCCGCCGGGAAGACCCAACCGAGCGGGACAGCCGCCUGAAGGAGCGCAACGGCGGCGCCCGCAGGUGCACCAGGAGCGCCCGGGGCCUAGCCCGGCUUUGUCUGGGAUGCUGUGGGGAGGAGGCCGCCUGAAUCCACAUCGCCUUUCUAAAUGCAUGUAACCACCCGGGGGACCUUAGAGACCCUCACUGACAAGUUGUAUCGCCUCCUGUCCUGGUAGCCUCUCCGUCCCUGGAUGUCAGCAUGGCAGCCACAAACCUGGAGAACCAGUUGCACAGCGCACAGAAGAACCUCCUGUUCCUUCAGCGGGAGCAUGCCAGCACGCUCAAGGGGCUGCAUGCUGAGAUCAGGCGGCUGCAGCAGCACUGCACAGAUUUAACAUAUGAGCUGACACUCAAAAGUUCCGAACAGACAGGAGAUGGGACUUCUAGAAGCAGCGAAUUAAAGAAAAGAUGUGAAGAACUGGAAGUCCAGCUGAAAGUGAAAGAGAAGGAAAAUGCUGAGUUGUUGAAAGAACUGGAGCAGAAAAACGCGAUGAUCACGGUGCUGGAGAACACCAUCAAGGAGCGGGAGAAGAAGUACCUGGAGGAGCUGAAGGCCAAGAGCCACAAGCUGACCCUGCUGUCCAGUGAGCUGGAGCAGCGGGCCGGCACCAUCACCUACCUGACCUCCCAGCUGCACGCCGCCAAGAAGAAGCUCAUGAGCUCCAGUGGGACCUCAGAUGCCAGCCCGUCGGGGAGCCCCGUGCUGGCCAGCUACAAGCCAGCACCCCCCAAAGACAAGCUGCCUGAAACACCUCGCCGCCGCAUGAAAAAGAGCCUCUCGGCCCCCUUGCACCCGGAAUUUGAAGAGGUCUACAGAUUCGGGGCAGAGAGCAGGAAACUCCUUUUGCGGGAACCAGUGGAUGCUAUGCCUGACCCCACCCCAUUUCUGCUGGCCAGGGAGUCGGCCGAGGUCCACCUCAUCAAAGAGAGGCCCCUCGUCAUCCCCCCCAUCGCCUCCGACCGAAGCAGCGAGCAGCACAGCCCGGCCCGCGAGAAGCCACAUAAGGCCCACGUCGGGGUGGCGCAUCGGAUCCACCACGCUGCCCAGCCACAGGCCCAGCCUGAGGUGGAGACGCUGGUGGUCGACCAGGUGAAUGGAGGCAAGGUGGUGAGGAAGCACUCAGGGACGGACAGAACUGUGUGAAGCCUGCCAGGCCCACCCGGCGCUGUCUAUGCACUGUGAGCACUUCCAGGAAGUCUCAGCGACACCUUUCUGUCUCAUUCCCAUGCAUGCCAAACUCUUUCCACACCUGCCAACCAAUUCUCCUGCUGCUCCUCGUGCCCUCUUCUUGACACCAAAAUAUGAUCGUGCCCUGCUGCAGAAUAUGUAUUUCCUAACUGCCGUGGCAACGCCUGUGUGCGGAAUUGCUUGCUCAUCUCGCUCCGUAUAACCUAAGUGUGCUGCGGUCAAAGACCAGGCCACAGCCGCCUCACUCCUGAUGUUCACAAUGCCAGAUAGUCACAUGCCUCCUUCAUUCUCAAGUCAGAACAACACAGGCCAACCUUGACCUUAUCCCCGGGCUCCAGGGCAGCCUGGCCGAGCAGCCCCUGCUCCCUCCUAGAGACCCCUGUCACCUCCUGACCAACCUUUCUGAGAGCAGCACCGAUCACUGAGCACCUGUGUGCGUCUCAAGGGCCUGAAUAAGCUGAUGCUGCUCCUCACAGCACCACCGCCUGAACGUGCGUUCAUAUUAUUUGUUAGUUUCUGACGCUGCUCCUCACAGCACCACCGCCUGAACGUGCGUUCAUAUUUUUUGUUAGUUUCUGACGCUGCUCCUCACAGCACCACAGCCUGAACGUGUGUUCAUAUUUUGUUAGUUUUAUCCAAAAUGUUUAAGAUCCCAACAAACUUUAUUUUCUAAACCUGC